AUGAGCUCCACCUUCGUCGAGACCCUCACCGCCGAGGAGCGCGUUCAGUUCGAAGAGCUCGUCAGCAAUUUCGACGGCUCCCUCAAGCUUCCCAUCUUUGAGCUCUUGGGCCUGAACUUCGCUGAGAGCAUCAGUACCGAGCAGAUCGCCGAGGCUGCCGAGAGCAUCGAGAACUUCGAAACGAAAACCACCGCCAUCGAGGAGAUCCUCGAAAGCGUCGUCGACAGCGAAAUCAGGAUCACCGGUACUCUGUCAGCCACCGGUCAGAGCAACAUCCCGACAGUCGCUUUCGCUUUCAUCGAGGUUACUGACGUUUCAUUCGAUGACGGAAGCAACCUUCUGGUGGUGUCCAACAACCCGAAUGACGUGGUUGCUGCGGAUAUCGAUGGUGCCGUUCAGCCGUCUGAGGUUGAGAGGCUCAACGUUCUCUUCUAAGCAAGCAGAUGGAGAGGUGUUUCGAUAUGGUGAUCGAGGCUGACCUUUGGGAUGCUACUCAGGCCCUCCUUUAAGACAGCAUGGACGGGCAUGUUUGGACAUGUAUGGACGUCAGCGUGCACCUGAUUGGUCCAUUUAAUACUUUUCUUAACAGUAUGAUGGCGCACACAAAGUUAAAAUAAUGGAAUCUGUCACUACCAACGUGCCAUACGAGAGCACACCAUUGGCUGUCGCCUACCGCAUAAGUGCGAUUGAAUUCAAUCUUGAUCCAAUUUAGCAUACAUUAAAAUUCAAUUUAAUCAUUUU